AUGCGACACACAUUGUGGCUGUGGCAGUGGAAAGAUCUUCUAUCUCAUUGGAAGAUGUACUUUCACAGUGGACAGAAACUGACAAGACGGGCUGCACUUCAGCUCUUACAGAAGACGGUUGAUGCGGCACGAUUUUCUGCAAAUGGGCCGGGGAAUUCGCCGCUGGCUUCAAAGAGAAAUUCGGAAAUGAUUUGGAAAACAAUUGCCCGGCAUAACGUUCAUUGGGCCGACUGUUUGGCGCUGAUGAAUGUUCAAUGGGCCGUGCUUUCACCGGACCAGAGGCAUUUUAUCCAGGAAGGUUUCACGUGCUCGGGGUCGGGGCAUCAUCUGCCGUGUCUCAUGGCUGACGUUUGGCACCCUGCAACUGAUUUGUCAAGUGUUUACGCGCGUCUUUUAGUAUCUGAAACCAUAGUGCAAUUCGCCAUCGUUGUUUAUGCUGCUGUGCGGGAACGCCCACAUCUAGGAGAUGUGUUGCCUGUGACACCACAGGUGUUAAUGCGAUGUUAUUUCCUUGGGGGAAGCCAACCGGAAGUUGCGCUUCAAUGUUGCCGGGUCAUGGCACUGUCGAGUACAAAGGACAUAUCGAGGAUAGAAAGGGAGGCGUUGGCAUUUGAAUACAUCAUGCUACAUGCUAAAAAAGGCCAGUGGAGUGUUGCGUUGUCUGUGCUGAAUUCCUCACGUGAGAUCCGUCCUUCUGCGAAGCGACUCUUCCGGUUUUACACCUUUCAGGCGAGCCAGUGGUUGAGAGCCAUUGCGAGUGUAGUACCGAUGGAACCGCACAUCGUGGCCGAGGCAAUUACUUACGCUCCACACUGGUCUUAUGCGCUGAGGACGUUUGAACGAUGGGGGUCCGCUGAGGCGAUUUGCGCAUUACUUGCUCGCCCAGAUUGUAUUGCUGCGAUGGGAUGGGAAGCGUCAUUGCGUCUUUGUGCUGAAGCACGUGUUAAUAAUUACAGUCUGAUUCGAUCUAUUCUCACGACUGUUCCGUCUUAUCAUCCUCAAUUGAUGCAACUGCACGCCACUGCCAUACGUCCCGCUGGGGAGGUGAUGUAUUCUGGUACGUUGACGCGUAGAGCAUACAAGUUUGUUCAGUCUGGGUGUUGGGCUGAGGCCAUUGGGUUGUUAUGUGGCUGCUGUUACUACGACGUUGCCUUGCCGCUUGCGCUGUAUGCACCUUCCGGCUUUGCCCUGCCUCACAGCCUGCUGAAGUACGAAGAGGCGGUGCACCGCAUCAAGUUAUCUACGAUUGUAUCGGCUGAUGCCUCGUUCGAGGAGCAAUUGGCUGUGGCCCUGCAUGGAGACGGGACGAGGCUAAAAAAUCUACAUGCGAAUAAUCGGCUAAGAUCGUUGAUUUUGGCACAAAGUUUACUUUCCCCCAACGCGGCCGGAAAAGCGAUGGAUGGUGCGGAAGAAGAAAAGUGUGAGGUGCAGUGUUUUACGUUUCAGAGUGAAAAAAUUUCCAGACUUGUUUGCCGCAGUGCUGGCAUAAAAGCACAGCGUUACUUCAUGCAAGUUAUUCCUCGCGUUUUGCGUCGGCAUCAUUUUGGAGUGGAGGAAAUACCUGCAUCCGAGCUGUACACUUCGGAACGCUACAUGACAUUUCGUUCCUCCAAUGAGAUUGUGUCGGAGAGAGAAGCCUGUAAUAUGCUCUGCGCCAUGAUGGUGGAGCAUCUUCGAGCUUCCGGGAAGUUGACAGGACAGGUGUUCCUUCGGGAAAUUGCGCAUUGUCUUGCGAGUGGAAAGGUGCGUUUGGCCGCAGCAGAUUGUCACGCGCUUCCACUGGCGGUUUUGCGAGCAGCCACGUAUUUUCAUCGCAUGGACGCCGUUGUGACAACCCGCAUUGCCCUUUCUACCCCCUCACAACAUCUGAUGACACAUCCUGAGGCUUUGGAGAGAAGCAUGAAUGCUUUGGUCUUGACUGGACGGUGGCAGCGUGCGAUUUCCUUACUCCAACGAACAAACCGGCCAUAUCCCGAGUCUUUUGCAGUUGUGGCAUAUGCGGCUCCACGAUCUUUGGCAAUUAAGGCUCUAAACAUGUUAUGGAAAGAUCAUGCGAAGAGUCAGUGGGUAUUGCUUCUACAAGAUCUCAUUCAGGGUUAUAUUAGGUUGGCCCAGGAGGAGCUGAUACAUUGUUCCUCCAGAAUUAAUUCUCAUGUUGAUGAAGGAAAAAUUUUAUGGAGACGGCGCGUUUUAGGGGCAUGCUGUGCUUUGCUUCAGUCUUCAGACUCUAUGCAGUAUGUUGUGAGGGCCGCCAACAUUUCCUCCUUCUGUUCAUUGGACGUGGAUGAACAUGGUUUACAACGACUACUUCCGCUGUUAUCAUGGAAUCAAGCACUGACAGCGAUUACGGACCUUAAGGAGCGGGGGGAGGUGGUAGAAGAACACUGGGCUCUUCUCGUCUGUACGAAGCCAUCUAUUUCUUUAGACGUUGCGCGUAAAAUAAUUUCUUGGUUUCCUUACUCAUUUCUUCUAAACAGCGUUUUUUUGCACCAAUAUGCACUUGUGCAUGGAGAUCUUGUUACAUCCAUAAAGGCCAUGGCUCGCUAUCACGCACUUGUGAUUACUGAGUACAGGAGGUGUUCAACAUACCUCCGCCCGUUUUUGGUCUUUCUCAAGAAUGCACUGCGUCAAUUUGAUGAUGAGGCGUGGAAAAAAGCCUCAGUUUGGUCUCUCGUUCGCCGACUCUUUAAUCAAGUGGUGGAGGAUCCCAAGUUUGUGCAUUGGGGGAGGCAGGGAAGGAAGAGUAUUCCGUUUUCUCUUCGCGAGGACGGACCCCUUGCUGCGCUGUUCAUCGUUGGCUUCCUUUACCACCGGCUGAGUCGAGCCCUACAGAUGCCGAUUCCGGCUGCCAUCAUGUCGCGACUUCUACGAAGUGCCGCGCUAUCUACAAAUGACUCUCAGUGCGCACUUUAUUUCUUUAAAAGUUUAAAACAGCCCAACGAUGUUGAACGAUCUUUGCUUGUUUUUGCGUUGCGAGAUUGCGAUGAUGCGAUGACGGUGCUGCUAAACACGGGACGGUUUAUAGGACCUAGACCGGAUCAGGUGCUGUUGUGGAGUGAUCCAGGACUUGGUAGUGAGAAGUGGCUUGAGGCCAUUAAGUUGCUGUCUCAGUCCCCACCAUCGCAAGAAAGAUUGGAGAGAUUGUGUGCCAACUGGACGAAGGAAGAGUCUCUUCGCACAUUAAAGUUGUUGCAAAGGACACACGGAAACUCUGCUGAAGUUAGGCCUUAUGUGGAGUUGGUGGAGAGUUUACAGCAGCAAAAAAUAAAAUCGGAGUAA